CUGCGUUGAUAACAGCUGAAGGGUGAAAGGUGAACGCCCUGGAGUGACCUGCCGGGUGCUGUGUACGUUGGAACCCAGAAAGCUGAUUCCUGGUAAAAACUGAGAAAACGCGCCUGUCACCAUGGAAUACCCGUCCCCCGGGGACCAGUUCGGUGAUCGAGACAGUGGUGAAGGUGUCUGGAGGCCCAUGGUAGCCAUGGGCAGGAACUAUCGUCAGCAGGCUGCUUUUGACGACUCAGAUCCGUACGGGUUGGAGAUGGCACAGCAGUACGAAGACGAGAGACCACCCGCUUACAAUCCCGAAGUUAUCGAUCUGACGGAGUCUCCCGUGCGGCAAAGCCCUGCCAGGCCCCCCAGGCCGCCCAGGCCCGCGGUACCCCCUCGCCCGGGUCUCCCCUCUGCUAGCGCCAACGUCUCCACAACCCAAGACGUCGUGACGGACUUGAGACCCGAGGAAGUCAGAUGGUUCUACGAGACGGAAGAACCCGGGAAGAAGCCUCAGUGGGAACCCUUCAUCGGUUACGACUCCUUAAGGAUUGAGACUAAGUACCGACAGGUUCACUUCCACCAGGGGAACACGCCCCCAGAGGAGAAAGUGGACCUGAUCGUGGUGCGGGGAGGUGUUCACGAGGUGUGUGUGGCCACCAAACAUUGCUACCCCAUCUACUGGUCAGGUAAGCCCAUCAAGGUGCUGCGGGGUCAGUGGUUCCAUGACGGGACGUGGCAGCCUGUGGAGGAGGACAUUGCAGCACAGCUGGAGACAGAACAUCUGGGGAAGUGGAGAGGACAGAGGGUUCCUCUGCACAGCAGCCCCACCAAACAACAAACGGUGCUGAAUGUGAGGUUUCAAGACAGCCAUGUGGAUUGGUACAGCCCGUCUGAGGUCUUCCUCUUCAGUGACAGCAAGACUUCCCGUGGUAUCCGGUUCGUUGGGAAGAAGCUUGGGAUUUCUAAAGCUACGACUAGUGGCACCAAACUUCACCGUGGCUAUCGAUAUGAGGCCAAGAUGGACGACAAACCAUCAGACAUAACACACCUGGUUCUGGUCAUCCAUGGCAUUGGGCAGAAAAUGGACACUGGCAGGAUUAUCAAAUGUGUGGCUGAUCUCAGACAGGCAGCCAGUAAGAUACAGGAGAGCCACUUCCCCCACCUGCCAGACGACCAGCGGGUGGAGUUCCUCCCUGUGGAAUGGAGGUCGGGGCUGACACUGGAUGGAGGCAUAGUGGAGAGCAUCACACCAGACAAGAUCCGUGGGUUACGGGAGGUUCUGAAUGCUAGUGCCAUGGACAUCAUGUACUACAUGAGCCCCCUCUACAGAAAUGAGAUCACCAGAUGUCUCCAACAGGAGUUGAACAGGAUCUACCAGGAGUUCUGCACCAGGAACCCGUACUUCCAGCCGAAGGGGGGGAAGGUUUCGCUCCUGGCACACUCCCUGGGGAGCGUCAUCACCUAUGACAUCAUGACUGGCUGGAGCCCCAUACAGCAGUACGACCAAUACCUUUCACAUGAGAAGACUGAACACCCAGACUUAGUCCAGGUGGCCCUGGGUCAGGAACAGCUGGUGUCAGAGGUCAAGAGAGCCAGACAGCAGCUUGAAGACCUAGAGAAGAAGUUGAUGGCCUCGUCCACAUAUGCCUUAAGUUCCAGACCUCCUGCUCUCAGAUUUGAUGUGGAAAACUUUUUUUGUCUGGGCUCCCCCCUGGCUGUGUUCCUGUGUCUGAGGGGGGUCCGUGCACAGGGGGUUGGUACUCUGGAGCACAUCAUACCUGCCAAUCUCUGCAAGAGGCUCUUUAACAUCUUCCAUCCAGCAGACCCAGUGGCCUACAGGAUCGAGCCCCUCAUCCUCAGACAUUAUGCCGGUAUCCAGCCCCAGCUCAUCCACAACUACAGCCAGUCUGCCCUCCCGCUCUACUAUGACAUCAAACCUGUGGCCUUCAAAAAGGCCAAAGAACAGCAAAUGGUCGAUAAAGGUGCAUCUACUGGGCAGGAAAAUGGCAAUGGGGCAGGCAGUGGCAGCUCCACACCACUGGAAUCAUCGUCACCCUUACACACGGCUGAGGUGGCUGAUGGGAAGAAAGACCAGGAGUCCACACUGGUACAAGGUGCCUUGAGCUUGUGGUCCAAGUGGAGUGGGAGGUCAGAUGCUCCUAAGGAGCUGCAGGUGCUGCUGGAGGGAGAGCUGGAGUCAGGAGGGCCGGCUGUGUCCUUCAGCAGUAUGGACGGCCUUGUGGACAGCACAGUGUCCUUUCCUCUGGCUGGAUACAGAUACUCAGACGAUGACAUGCUGGCUGACACAGACGCAGAGGACCCCUCCCUGCCAGAGUUGGAACACCGGAUCGACUAUGUGUUGCGCGAGGGUCGUGUGGAGAGUCGCUACAUCUCGGCCAUCACGUCACACACGUCCUACUGGGUUUCCCGCGAUGUUGCGCUGUUCCUGCUGAUGCACAUGUACCCUCCGCAGGCCAUGAAGCCAUGAUGUAUAUGACGGUCAUAAUAAAGCAACCAAACCACUCUCAAUCAUAAGGCCUAGGAAAGUUAAUGUUGUGUUUCUGAUUGCAGUGCAAAAAGAUAGUUCUUUAUAAUUUUUUCCUUUUCUAUUUAUACAUGUGUUGUUUGGCUAUCAACAUGACAAGGAGUCAACAUAGAUUGGACCUACAUGUAGGCAUGGCAGGUCUUUUCCUACUGUAUAAGAAAUGAGGAGAACAUGUUGAAAUUAGGAGAUUACUCAGAUGUCACAUCAAAGAUUUUAUGACCCUUGCCAGAGGUGAAACCACCCAAAAAAGCUGGGGACAGCAGGUUUUUCUCAGUAAGAGUGGGUAGCUACAUCUUGGCCACCAGAAACUCAACAUUUUUUUAGUAGGCCUAAUGAUGGAUUAUCAAAGCUUAAGGCAAGAAUAUACAGCCUGCUUGGGGCAGCAAACACUGGAGAUUAAUCACUAUCUCUACAAUAGAGCUACAAUGAAAUAUAUCAGCUACAGCUGAAUCAAAUAAAUGUACUGUACAAAACCUCCAUACAGCACAGUUGUCUAUGAAACAUCCUUUAUUUUCCCACAUGUGGUGCAAUGGAAAGGGAUUUCUGCAAGCAAUUACUAAUGAUGAAAAGACAAUUUCUACAACAGGCAAUUUAGGAGACAUGCUUCUGUGUGAUUCAUGUAGUCUACCAAGAAAACCCUAUAAAGCAUGUACCUUUCAUAUACAAUGUACCAACUUUCAUGUUUUUGUCACAUAUGUAUGUUAAGCAUCCCCUAAGUCAAUACUACUAAAUAUUACCAUGUUUAGGGUCUUAUAUUCUCUGCUCAACAUCAUUCCUGACACGUAAUCCUGACAUCGCCUCACUUCUUGCCACCUCAAUACUGGGACGUCUCUGGCAGAAAAGCACUGAAUAUGUUGCACUGUUGUUGGGAGUCACAAACAUAGCUGCAUCUCUUGUUUCCACUUGGAAAAGUGCAAUAACCUGGUGUUAUUGCAAACCAUAAAGAUUUAAACAAAUUACUAUAAGCUUAAGGAAAGUAAUUUUUGUAUAUAUAUGUUGUAUAUGUUGAGUGUAAUGUAAAUGGUUGUUUAAAAUAGAUCUAUAGCAAUUCUGUUUGCUCAUAUUUCAAAAGAAUUCUGUAAGAUCCUGCAAGAUUCAUAUCAGCAGGCUUUAUACUUUUAAAUCACAUAAUAGGCUUUCAGAAAGCUGAAUAAUAUCUGGAGUAGGAACUUCCGACAGAAAAAUUUAUGUUUCAGUGCUAGUGCUAUUCAUUGUAGGAAUUAUAAGUUCGGUUGUUACUGCUCUGCAAAAAAGGAAAGACUUUUAAUGGUACCUUCCCAAUUUGUACAAAUGUUAUGCAAGUGACUCUCAAAAGUUGGGGAGCAUUAACAAUUACCAUCUUUUAUGUAGUAAUGGUAUUAGCCCUGUGCUGUCAUCUACAUGAUUGUGUAUUUCAUAUUUGUAUCUCGAGUCUUAUCUCAUCUUUAAGCAUCUCCUUUUAAAGAAAUCUAUAGCGGGAUGCAAGUACACAGAUAAGGCUUGAAACUCUUGACUACUAAAACUGCUACUGGCUCAUCUUUUUCCAGCAAUAAUAAAGACAUGAAUGUGCAGUACUUUAUAUGACAAUCAAAUACUAAGAAUGUUGCUGUGCCUUCCAUAUUUGCAUCUAAAUAAGGUAAAUGUUGAUGCUGAAGUACAUGGUAUUGGGUGUAACUUACUUCAGUGGAUUUUUUUCCUUUGCAUUUCCUUCAAACAGAAAACAACAUUAGAAUAACACAUAUACAACAUGUAGGUAUUAAAUGGCUUCAGAUGUAUGUCAGUGGUAGGAAGAUUUUAGGAAAACUGAAUAAACUGAUCAAAAUGACUAU